AUGGCAGCCACUCUGGGCAGCGGGGAGCGCUGGACGGAAGCUUACAUUGAUGCAGUUAGAAGAAACAAGUACCCAGCAGACAGACCGGAAAGUCAUGAUCCCUGUGGUUGCUGUAACUGCAUGAAGGCGGAAAAGGAAAAGAAGUCCGAGAACGAGUGGAAUCAGACCUGGCAGAGUGAGGGGAGUGCCACUUAUACUAAGGAGCAGCUGCUUGGGGUACAAAGGAUCAAGAAAUGCAGAAAUUACUAUGAAAUUCUGGGAGUUUCUCGAGAUGCCAAUGAUGAAGAGCUUAAGAAAGCUUACCGAAAACUUGCCCUGAAAUUUCACCCUGACAAGAACUGUGCUCCUGGAGCAACAGAUGCUUUCAAAGCAAUAGGAAAUGCCUUUGCAGUACUUAGCAAUCCGGACAAGAGACUCCGCUAUGAUGAAUAUGGAGAUGAACAACAGGUGACUUUCACGGCCCCUCGAGCCAGACCUUAUCAUUAUUACAGAGACUUUGAAGCUGACAUCACUCCAGAAGAGUUAUUCAAUGUCUUCUUUGGAGGGCAAUUUCCUACAGGAAACAUUCAUAUGUUUUCAAACGUGACAGAUGAUACCCACUAUUACCGCCGGCGCCACCGACAUGAGAAGAUACAGACACGGAAGGAGGAGGAAGAAGAUAAACCUCAGAAUACGUAUUCUGCAUUUAUUCAGUUACUUCCAGUUCUUGUGAUUGUGAUUAUAUCUGUAAUUACUCAGCUGCUAGCUACUAAUCCACCAUACAGUCUAUUCUACAAAUCGUCCAUGGGCUACACCAUUUCUAGAGAAACCCAGAACCUGCAGGUGCCUUACUUUGUGGAUAAAAACUUUGAUAAGGUCUACAGGGGAGCAUCUCUGCGGGAGUUGGAGAAGACGAUAGAGAAGGAUUACAUUGAUUACAUCCAGACGAGCUGCUGGAAGGAAAAACAACAAAAGUCCGAGCUGACCAAUUUGGCAGGAUUAUACAGAGAUGAGCGACUGAAAGAGAAAGCAGAGUCGCUGAAACUUGAAAACUGUGAAAAACUUUCCAAACUUAUUGGCCUACGCAGAGGUGGCUGA